AUGUCUCAUAGGGACCCAGAGUCCGCUCUGGCAUCUGCGGACCUCAAAAGCGGCACCAUGCACGAGAUGAUUGAGCGCGACCUGCUUGAUGAACGAUACAAGGUCACCCAGCGCGGCCUCAAAAACCGGCACGUCCAGCUCAUGGCCCUGGGCGGCACGAUCGGUACUGGUCUCUUCGUCGGAUCGGGCCAGGCUCUGCAUAUCGGUGGUCCUCUAUCCCUCUUACUGGGCUAUAUCUUCAUAUCCGGCCUUGUCUACGCCCUCGUCACUGGGAUCGCGGAAAUCGGUGCCUACAUGCCUGUCCACGGUGGAACGAUGAGCUACCACGGCUUUCGCUACGUCUCGCGCAGUAUGGGAUUCGCGAUGGGAUACUUAUACUGGUACUCGCUGGGCAUAUUGGUCCCCUACGAGGUGGUUGCGGCGUCCAUGGUCAUCGACUACUGGCACCCCGAUGUCAACCUGGCUGUCUGGAUCACCAUCAUGCUGGUGAUAAUCGUGCUCCUCAACUGCCUUCCUGUCGGUGUGUAUGGCGAAACCGAGUUUUGGUUCUCCGGCAUCAAGAUCAUCACCCUUGUCGGCCUGCUUCUGCUUUCCUUCAUCCUCUUCUGGGGUGGUGGUCCGAACCGCCAACGGCUUGGCUUCCACUACUGGAAAGACCCUGGAGUCAUGAACACGUAUCUCGUCUCUGGUGACGCCGGUCGGUUCGUCGGACUGCUCCAGUGUAUCGUCAAAUCGGCCAUCGCGUUCAUUUUCGCGCCCGAGUUGGUGGUCAUCAGCGGCGGUGAAAUGGAAUCCCCGCGUCGCAAUGUUCCCAAGGCCGCUCGUCGGUACAUCUAUCGACUGGUCAUCUUCUACAUCCUGGGAGCUCUCGCCAUCGGGGUGAUUUGCUCCUCCAACGCCAAACAGCUCACUGCUGGCUCCGGCACGGAUGCAUCCUCCUCACCUUUUGUGGUCGCAAUCUCGAAUGCGGGGAUCCCUGUCCUCGACAGUAUCGUCAACGCCGCCAUCCUGACGUCCGCCUGGUCCGCCGGCAAUUCGUUCCUGUAUAUGUCAUCCCGGUCCUUGUACUCCCUCGCAGUGUCCGGCAACGCCCCGAGUAUCUUCAAAUCGUGCAAUCGAUGGGGCGUGCCCUACUUCGCCGUCGCCAUUUCCUCGUUAUUCUCCCUCCUCGCGUACAUGGCAGUCGGCAGCGGCAGUUACACGGUUUUCAACUGGCUGAUCAACUUCACCAACACCUCGGGCUUCAUCUCAUGGAUCUGCUGCAGUAUUGUAUACUUUCGCUUCAACAAAGCCGUCACGGUGCAGGGCGUGGAAAAGCCGUAUUCCUCUCGCAUGCAGCCCUGGGGAAUGUACAUCGGUCUAGGGGGCUCGGUGUUCUUGGCGCUGAUCAACGGCUUCACGUGCUUCUUCCCAUCCGAAUGGUCCGCCAGCACGUUCUUCACCGCAUACAUCGGGAUUCCAGCGUUCGUGGUUUUAUAUUUCGGUCAUCGGAUCGUGUUCUGGCGCGACCCGUGGGCCUGGAAGAGCGAGGAGGUGGAUCUGCACACAGGGCUGCGGGAGAUCAUGGAGGCGGAGAAACCGGAGCGGGUGCGCGACACGUGGUGGAAGAAGUUGGCGUUGUUGGUGGAGUGA